CGCGAGAGGCAGAAACACUCGGCAACGGUGCAGGUUACAGAGGACGAGCCGCAGCGCUGCGCUCCGACAACACUAACCCGGUGAGGCGAACGGUACGGCGAAAUUUAUAAAACACACUCCAGGACUCUUCUUCACCCAGGCUGCCAUAAAUUACCUACGAGAAAGUGGAGAGUUUAAUUACAGAGACGAAGACUAUGGACGAACAGCAAGCAGCGAUUUCAGAUAAGGGAAAGUAAUACGGACCAGGAGAAGGUGCCCUCUCUUUGCUUUGAGCCUGAUUAUCGGUCUGUCUGGUCUCCAGCUCUUCUGUGUCUGGUUGUCUGGUUCGGCCGAGCAGUGAUCUUCCACAACAUCUCCAGGGAUUGUAGCUCGUGGUCUGAGGAGGAGUCAUGGGGCCAGUACGGGCCUACCCAUUAGCCCUGCCUGUGCUGGCUGUUCUGGGCCUCAUUAUCAGCGCGUGGAGCCUCAACCCAGAUGACCCCAAUGUCUGCAGUCACUGGGAGAGCUACGCAGUGACUGUUCAGGAGUCCUACGCUCAUCCUUUUGACCAGAUCUACUACACCAGGUGCACCGACAUCCUCAAUUGGUUUAAAUGCACCAGACACAGGACCAGCUACAAGACAGCUUAUCGUCGCGGGGUGAGGACCAUGUACCGUCGACGUUCUCAAUGCUGCCCUGGCUACUUCGAGAGCGGAGACUUGUGUGUCCCACGAUGUACCGAGGAGUGUGCCCAUGGUCGGUGUGUGUCUCCUGAUACAUGUCAGUGUGAGCCAGGCUGGGGAGGACUGGACUGCUCUAGUGGGUUCCUCGUGGGCAACCCACCUCUGAAGCUCAAGAUCCUCUCAUGGGUGUCUCUGUCUGAGGACCACGCAUUCUUCUGA